AUGGGGGAGCAGGCGGACAAGAUGGCCGAGCACAUCGAUCAGCUCGAGCACGAGGUAGCGGCUGCUCAGAAGGCCAAGCUGCAGGCGCAGUGCGAGCGCCAGGACGCCAACAUUGCGCUGCACAAGCUGGAGGCAGUUGCCGAGAAGCUGCGGGAGACGCAGGAGGCGGCGGCGCGCGAGCUGGUUGAGGCGCAGUCUAAGCUGCGGGAGGAGGCGGCGGCGCUGGAGAAGCUGCGGAGCAAGGCUGACCACUGGCGGGAGGAGUCCGAGAAGCUGUCGGACCAGCUGGUCGUGGCCCAGCGCGAGGCCGAGGAAGCGCGCGCCGCCGAGCGCGAAGCCGCCGCCAAGCUCGCGGAAGCCCUGGAGAGCGCGGCCGGCGGCGGCGGCGGCGCGGCGGAGGCGGCGGCGGCGGAGGAGGAGCGGCAGGAGGAGUUGAGGCACCUGAGCAACGAGCUGUCGGUGGCGCAGGCUGCAGCCAGUAAGCUGCCGGGCGCCGAGUCGGAGCUGGCUAAGGUGCAGGAGCAGCUGGAGAAGGCCAACGCGGAGCUGUCUGCGCUGCGCGACGCGGCCGACGGCUCCCAGGUGGCGGCCAGCAGCGCCCAGGAGGAGGUCGCCCGGCUCAAGGCCGAAAUGGCGGAGCUCACAGAGCGCGCCAACAGCGCCCAGGCGGCGGCCGAGCUGCAGGCGGAGGCCGCCCAGCUGGUGCAGGCCGCGGAGGCCGAGGCAUCCGGCGCGGUGGCCGCGGCGGCCAAAAAGACUGCAACCGCGCGGCGCCGCACUGCGUCGGCGGAGGCGUCGGCGGCGGCGGAGAAGAGCAGGGCCGAGGCCGCGAAGCAGAGUGAGCGGGCGGGCUGCAAGCGGCGCCGCGCGGCCGUGCCUGCCUCCGACGCCCAGGCGCUCAUGAAAGAUUGGAAUGUUUGGCGCAGCAUGUGA